CUAAGUGGCGCUAGAAAUCUCGCGGCGGGCUUGGCGUCGUCUACGCACGACCAGCGACCAGCGAGGGGGGCAAGGGCCGUUGGCCAGGGCUGCGUACAGAGUGCGUCGUGAUUGGGCAGACGCCGAAUCCCCCCUUAGAGUCUGUCUAAAUCUCCUGCCGUGCUGUCUUCUCUGCCGUCCUCUACAUCCCUCCUUCUUUUGCAUCUCGCCCUCCUCAUCCUCCAAUACCGCCACAAUGCCUCCUGCCACGCUUGAAAAGGAAGACCAUACUCGCGAUGCCGAGUUCAACAAGGCCAUGCACGGCCAGUCCGCAAAGUCCCGCGGCGGCAUGACUGCCAUGCUGCAAAAGGACAAGGCGGCCCAGCAAGCAGCCGUUGACGAGUACUUUAAGCACUGGGACAACAAGGCCGCCGCCGACGAGACCGAGGAGACGCGCAAGGAACGACGAGACGAAUACGCCACGCUGACAAGGCACUACUACAACCUCGCCACCGACCUGUACGAGUAUGGCUGGGGCCAAUCGUUCCACUUCUGCCGCUAUGCGUACGGCGAGCCGUUUUACCAGGCCAUUGCCCGCCACGAGCACUACCUCGCCCACAAGAUGAACCUCCAGGACAACAUGCGUGUGUUGGACGUGGGCUGCGGUGUCGGUGGACCUGCGCGCGAGAUUGUCAAGUUUGCCGGCGUCAACGUCGUCGGCCUCAACAACAAUGACUACCAGAUUGAGCGUGCUACCGCCUACGCCGAAAAAGAGGGUCUGUCGCACAAGCUCAAGUUUGUCAAGGGUGACUUUAUGCAAAUGUCCUUUCCCGACAACUCUUUCGACGCCGUCUACGCCAUCGAGGCUACCGUGCACGCACCGUCCCUCGAGGGCAUCUACAGCGAAAUCUUCCGUGUCCUCAAGCCUGGUGGUGUCUUUGGCGUCUACGAGUGGCUCAUGACGGACAAGUACGACAAUGACAACCCCCACCACCGCGAGAUUCGUCUGGGUAUCGAGAUUGGCGACGGCAUCUCCAACAUGGAGAAGGUUGACGUUGCGCUGGCUGCCAUGAAGGCUGCCGGCUUCCAGAUGGAGCACCACGAGGAUCUGGCAGACAGGGACGACCCCUACCCAUGGUACUGGCCCCUCUCUGGCCAGCUCAAGUACAUUAGCACCAUUGGCGACAUCCCGACCAUUCUGCGCAUGACCAAGAUUGGCCGUGGUCUCGUCCACAGGUUCGUCGGCGGGCUGGAGAUGAUCGGCCUGGCCCCCAAGGGCACCCAGAAGACUGCCGACAGCCUUGCUCUUGCCGCCGACUGCCUCGUUGCGGGUGGCCGCGAGAAGCUCUUCACACCCAUGUACCUCAUGGUUGGAAGGAAACCCGCCGACGCCUAACUUGAUCGUUUUCGCUUCGCCUUGCAUUAGAAUUCUCUUCGCAUCUGGGACCUGGUCGGUCUUGUAGCUUUUUUACGUUCGAUCGAUGUAGGAGCACAUCUCCUCGCAUUUGCACGCACGCGUCUUGAAUGGCGGAUAUAUCCUGUAAUAACUGAUGGUACAGCAAGGUCUAGGGCAGGUCAUGGUAACGCGACAUGGUAAUUAGAGAAUGAAAAGUAAUAUCCUU